GAUAAUUAGUUUUAUCUAUACAUCUGCUUUUUUUGAAACUAUUGUUUCCAGGUCAUCAGAUCAGCUGCAGUGACAUUUUUCACUCUGGUACUCCACACUCUUCUCUCAAGAGUUGAUCUGGACACAAUCACAUGUUCCUUCAUGUGUGUGUGAGGGUGUGUGUGUUUUUAAUGGGGCAUCUCAGCUGAUGCCAGAGGUUACCGUGGCAACACACCCGCCUGCAUAAAAGAAAGUCAACCUCCAUGCACACAUGCACAUCUCGCCUUGUGAGGCAAGUCUGGAUUUUACUCACAAACGCUCAGAAAACAUCAACAAGCCAAUGCCUCAGAACGCCUCUGCUGACAACCGGACCGUCUCUGUGUUCACCUCCAAACUGAGCCCUACUGCUGACAUAUGUGUGGGACUGGCCAUCCUCUCCGUUGUCCUGCUCUCCGUUCUGGGCAAUGGGCUGGUUCUGGUGAUCUGUUACCGCAGGAGGAAGAAGAUGGUUGGCUCUGAGCUGCUGUGCGUCAACCUGGCCGUGGUCGACUUCCUCUGCUGCAUCUGUUUCUACCCACUCUCCAUCAUGUCCUCCUUCCACCACGCGUGGCUGGGAGAAAACGUCACAUGCGUUUACUACGGCCUUGGCUGCUUCAUCUUCGGACUGUGCGGCAUGUUUACCAUCACCGCCAUCAGCGUCAUCCGCUACCUGAAGACCUGCUACAGCCUGGUUUACGCUGUGUGGCUGGAGGGAGCCAACAUCCGGAUAAUGUGCUGUGGCAUCUGGUUGGUCGCCACCUUGUGGUCCAGCUUCCCCCUGUUCGGCUGGGGUAAGUACGUCCCUGAGCCUUACGGGCUGUCCUGCACCAUCGCCUGGAGGGGUUACCACACCUCAGCCAAGGACGCCUUUUACGUCAUCUGCUCCUUCGCCUGCUUCACGCUGGUCCCCGUCCUCUUCAUCGUGGUGUCCCAGUGUCGGAUCCUCUACAAGGUGUCCCGCUUCUCCUACUCGCUGUCCACCAGAGGCAUCCGCAACAACCUGCGGCACGCUGAGAAACGGCUCUCCGUGAUGUUUUUCUGCAUCAGCUUCGGUUUUGUGAUUGCCUGGGCCCCGUACGCCAUCGUGUCCUUCCUCUUCAUUUUCCACAAGGAGCACCAGUACAUGGCUCCCGAGGGCUUCAUUUUCCCCGCCCUCUUCGCCAAAAGCUCCCACAUCUACAACCCGCUCAUCUACUUCUACUUCAACAAGACUUUCCAGCGGGAGCUGCGCUGCAUGCUCGUCUCGCUCUGGCCCAAGCUGGAGGGAAACCGAGUCGGGGUCCACAUCAGCGCAGGCCAUCAAAUCCCGUACCCCAUCCACAUUCAGCUCCAAGAGAGGGACCGCAUCCGCAAGAGUAGAGACAAAGUGACGCACACCAGUGGCAAAAGUGUACACGGCAGGCAGGUGUACACCUGCUGGGGGUCCACAUCAAAGAACACCCCCACUGUCUUGGAUAAUAAACCUGCCAAAAACUCCCUACCUGUCUCUAUAUGAACUCUGUCUGUUACACUGUUUAUACUGAGACAAACAUCUGAAAUUUAAAGGUUAAACUGUGGACAGCCAUUAACCACAGUCACUGAGGACUAAAAUUAGGGGUCCAUGUUUCUGACUUAAUGAGCUUGUAAAUAAGAGUUUCACCAUAAUAAAUGUGGACUUCUCACAUCAGCCAAAGACCUAUAUGGUGUUAUAUUGUCAAUGCACAGUAUCGACAUGAGUGUUUGCAAGUCAUAAAUAUUCACCAUCCACCCUACACACCGUGAACAUGGCCAGAAAAAGGUCUAUUCUAAAAUAGAUUUUUUUCAAGUUUUAGUAAAUUAUUGUGAGUUACUGUGCAAUUUUCUGUCCUGAUUUUAUC